UUAUUAUUAAUAUGUAUUUGUUCUCCUGCGGUUUAUAUGGUUAAUAGAAAUGUCAAGUAUGAGUUAUUUUAACGAUUUGCAUCAACUGUCGGAUAUUUCCAGUAUUUCUGCAAUCUCUCAAUCCAGUGGCAGAUUAAUUGAUAGAGUAAAUUUAUCGCAAAGUUUGUUAGACAAUUAUUCCAGUGUUAGUAACAAUAAAUUUGUGAUAACCCAGGAAACAACUGCCAUCGAAAAAACGAUAAAGUUGUUAAUAUCAUGCGAAGAAAGUAUAAGUGAACAUGUCAAAAUUAACAUUAUCUAUCAGUGUAUAAAGAAAGCAUCUUUGAAUCCCAAAGAUGUUCUUUCCAAAAGCACAGCUAGCAAAUUACGAAUGUUGCUUUCAAUUCAUGAGCUGGAUAAGUGUAUGCAUCUUCCUUCGACAACAAAAUAUAUGCAAGAUAAAUUGAUACUUUUGGGAAUUUGUGAUUUACCAUCAUGUCAUUUAAAUUACGAUGAAAAAUUAGAAGUGAAAUGUUGCAUCGAGACAAUGUUACGAGAAACAAUACACGAUACGAUAUUGAGAUAUGAAGCCUUAGGAGGAAAUGUUAAGGAAGCAUCAAAGAACGACUGUAAGACACAUAACAAAUUCUUAGAAUAUUAUAAUGUGCCAGCAGUACAAUGGAAAAAUAAAAUUCAAGAUUUGAUUCUGCAAUGUGAAAGUGACUUGCUGAAAUAUAUAAACUUAAUGGAUAAAUGGAAUAAGUUGAAAUAUGAAGAUAUAAACCAAGUAUAUUUAGAAAAGACAGGCUAUUUAUUGCUACAGGCACAAGUUGCUAAGUUACAAGCAAAGAUAACAAAACUUUCUUGCACAAUCAGAAUGUUCAAAGAAACUUCAACUACUAUUAAUGCUUUUAAAAUGCUAAAUCAAUUAGUCGAAAAGAAAUUAAAAAUGGUUACAGAUGAAAUUCGCCAGAAGGAAGAUUUAAAAAAGCUGUACGACAAUAUGAAGGAUACAGAAUAUGAUCAGGUGUUGUUGAUCUACUCACAGCUCUGCAAUGCAAUAAAGAAGAAAAAACAUAUCUUGGAUAUGUUGAAAUAGUUUUAUAAAUAAAUGAAG